AUGGCGGACAACCAGCACAAGCGGAUAGCGAUCAUCGGCGCAGGAAUCAGCGGCCUCCUGGCCUGCAAAUACGCCCUCUCCAAGGGCUUCCACCCAACCGUCUUCGAGUCCCAGCCUGGCAUCGGAGGCCUCUGGAACAAGACUCUGUCCACCACCAAGCUCCAAACCCCAAAACCAGUCUACCAAUUCUCCGACUUCCCAUGGCCCGAUUCCGUCACCACCGAUUUCCCCGAUCACGACCAGGUCCUCGACUACCUCCGGUCCUACGCCGACCACUUCCACCUCACCGAUCACAUCAAAUUCAACGCCAGAGUCCUCAGCAUCGAAUACAGGGGAGUUGGGGACGACGAGAUGGAGGCCUGGCACUUGUGGGGAGGAAACGGAGAGGCUUUCAGCGGCAGGGGAGGGAAAUGGGAAAUUGAAUUUUCGAGCAAUAAUGGUUCGGAGAGUGAAUUUUUCGAAGCCGAUUUCGUUGUGCUCUGCAUGGGGAAGUACAGCGAUGUCCCGAAUAUCCCCAAAUUCGCUCCUGGGAAGGGACCUGAAGCGUUUCAGGGGAGAGUGAUUCAUUCCAUGGAGUAUUCGGAUUUGAAAACAGGGGAAAUUGAGGAGCUGGUGAAGGGGAAGAGAGUCGCUGUCGUUGGGUUGCAGAAACAUGCUCUGGAUAUCGCCAUGGAGUGCUCUGAAAUCAACGGGAAGGAAAAUCCUUGCAGGGUAAUUUACAGAACAGAGCAUUGGAACGUCCCUGAUUACAUGCCGUGGGGAUUCCCUCUGGCGAAGCUGUAUCUCAACCGAUUUGCGGAGCUAUUGAUUCAUAAACCUGGAGAAGGGUUAUUACUCAGUCUUCUGGCCACAGUUCUUUCUCCCAUUAGAUGGGCGAUCUAUAAAUUCGUCGAAAGCGAUAUCAAGCACAGGCAUCGAUUGGAGAAACACGGGAUGGUUCCAAAGCACAGCUUUCUCACGGCGAUCAGUACUUGCCUGCUAUCGACGGUCCCGGAGAAAUUCUACGACAGGGUGGAAGAAGGAAGCAUCGUGCUGAAGAAAGCUCCGAGCUUUAGCUUCUGUAAAGAAGGGAUCAAGGUCGAAGGUGGUGAGAAGGAAGAACCGCCGUUGGAUGUCGACGUGGUCAUACUGGCAACGGGUUUCGUCGGCGAGAAGAAGCUGCAGAACAUCUUCGGAUCGAAACGUUUCGGGGAAAUCGUCGUGGGGAGUCCAGACGGCGUCGUUCCGCUCUACAGGGGUUGCGUUCCGCCGAGGAUUCCGCAGCUGGCCGUGUUGGGAUACUCGGAGAGCAUCACGAACCUGUUCACGUCGGAGAUGAGGAGCCGGUGGCUGGCGGAGCUUCUCGACGGGAAGUUUAAGCUGCCGGCGAUCAAGGAGAUGGAAAGUGAGGCGGCGGAGUGGGAUGCGUUUUUCAAGGAAUACGGCCGCGAGUUUUACAAGAGGACUUCCAUUAGCAUCGUCCAUAUUUGGUACAACGACCAGCUCUGCAAGGAUAUGGGCUGGAGCCCGAGAAGAAAGAAUGGGCUUUGGGCCGAACUUUUUGAGCCUUAUGGCCCAAUGGACUAUAUUUCCCCUUGA